CUCUGUCCAGGACAAUGCUGGAAUAAUGAACCAUGUUUGGCCCUGUGUAACUAAAACUAGUUUUACCUACAUUGUCUCAUAUAAACCUCCUAACCAGUACAUGAGAAUAGUGUCGCCAUGGAUUGACUUAUGCACCACCCCUCUCCAAAAUUCAUUUGCUAAGACCCUAACCGCCUUUGUAACUAUAUUUGGAGACAGAGCUUUUAGGAGGUAAUUUAGGUUAAAGAGGUCAUAAAGAUGGGUCCCUAAUCCAAUAGGAUUCCAGGUCUCACAAGAAGAGAAAGAGGGAGCCAUCACUCUCCUGGCGCGCAUGCACUAAAGAAGGACUGUGUAAGGACAAAGCAGGAAGGCAGCCGCCUAUAGGAUAGGAGAAGGGGUGUCACCGGAUCCUGACCAUGCUGGCACCCUGGUCUUUUCUAGCCUCCGGAGCUGUGAAGAAAUAAAUUUCUAUUGUUUAAGCCACGCAGUCUAUUUUGUUUGAGGAGCCUGAGAAGACUAAGAGUGAGGUGGGAGAAGCAGAGCCUUUUGAAGCCAGACUUCUUGAAAUGAAGUCCCAGCUUUCCUGUUCACUAGCGCUAAGACUUUAGGCAAGUUAUGUGACUUUUCUGUGACUCAAGUUCCUCAUAUAUAAAAUGAAUUCCUGCAUUUUUUUAUUAUUUGAGGGAAAAGUACUUGGGACAAUGAUUCUCACAUAUAUACUGUAUCUAUGUGUGAGUUUGUUUUAUGGUAUAUUUUAGAUUUAUAAUGCAAAAUAUGAAUCUUUUUUCUAUGAAUAUUACAUUAUGGAAUCUAAGAAUUAAAAAAAAUCCCAUUCUCUGUUAUUUUUACAGCAAUGAUAGAUUCUGUUCAUUCCAUAACCCAACCCUAAAUCACUGACAUUUAAUGGCACAACUUCUAAGGGAUCACCAAAGUUCAGGGAAACCAAAUACACAUUAAAAGAGAGUCCUCAGUAAGAUGCACUUGUAAUCUAAGGAGAAGAAAUUUUCAAACAGAGGGUCAGAAUGUAUUAGUAGGCUGUGAAAUCAAUCUCAUGAUUUACAACCAGCCUUUUUAAAAAAUAAAAUGAGCUAAAUUAAAAUAUAUCAGAGAGCCCUUAAGGUAGCAUUGUUUUCAGAGUUUUGUUUCAGAUGUUUGUGUGUAGGUGCACAUGUGGGCACAUGGAUGUGAAGCGGAGUGAAAGAGAUUUUUCCAUUUUACUUUGCAAUCAGAAGUUUGAAAGUCUCAUCAUCUGAUUUCCUCUGAAGUAUUUCAGAAGAAGAAUGAAUACAUUAUUGUAAUCUUUAUUUCCGCACAGCUCUGUAGACACACCCCAGUCCUUUUAGAGAUCUGGGUCUGUGGUUUCCAAUGAGCUCUUCAUAUACGGGUUCCUGCCUCACAUUUUAUAUUAAGGGGAGGGAUUGUAUUUGUUUCCUUGAGGUUUUUUGUGUUUUUUGUUUGUUUGUUUGUUUUACAGUGAAGUGUGAAGGAGUCGGGGGUGGACAUAGGGGUAAGGUUUUAACUAAUGAAAUCAGAAACAAAACUCAGUUUAGGACGCCAGCCACAAGGGGACCUGAUUUUGGCCAAGCAGAUAUCAUGUGUGAGAUCCAUAUUAUUUACUUGAGGGUCUGCUAUCAAGCUAUGGAGACUGAGAAGUUAUUUUAGUCACAAACAAUUCAUAUGUCUGUAGAUCAUGGUUUAUUAGAUUGUGUUUGCCCAAAUAAGGUGGUACCGUACCUGAAGUUUUUUCAACAAUUCUAAAAGCAUCUUUCAAGUCUGCAGUGAGACCUCUAAGAUAUCUGUGUUACUUCCCUCAUGUACAUAAAUAAUUUUCAACUAGAAUAAAGGUGUGAAUAAUUUAUUUUUUCCACCGACUGGAAGCCAACCAUUUGGAAGACCACUCAGGAGAAAUGAGAUAAGUCUUUUGUUAAAAAUUACUUUUAUAUUUACAAGGAAAAGAGGAAGUUUUGUUCCUUUCUUUGAAUUUUGGUGACAAUUGAGAGCUUUAUUGAAUAGCUUUGGCAUGCAGAGUCAUUUUUCAUUAAAAAUUGAAAAGGCAUCUGAAAUCUGUAUCUCUAUGGGUUAUUUGGCAGUGGAACCUGGGCAAUUCCGUGCAGGAGAUUUUUGAGAUAUUCAAUUUUUGGAAGUGAAACAAACACAAAUGCUCCUCCUCCAAGGGGCGGGGGCGGUGCCUGAGCGAUGAACCAAUCACAGCGCACCCUGCCCUAUAUAAGGCCCUGAGGCCCAACCACCCCCCACCCACCCUUGGCACUUUAAGGUACUUGCUUUUUGGUAUCUUGUGCUUUUCUUUGCUGUUAUGUGUGAGACUGCGCCUGCCGCACCAGCCGACCAGGUUCCGGUUUCCAUGGAGAAACCUCCAGCUAGGAAGCGGGGAAAGAAGCCGGUUGGCUUGACGGGUGUGAAUCGGAAGACGGCAAGCGCAUCAGUGUCCAAGCUGAUUACUGAGGCGCUUUCGGUGUCCCAGGAGAGAACUGGUAUGUCCUUGGUUGCGCUGAAAAAAGCGCUGGCAGCCGCAGGUUACGACGUGGAGAAGAACAACAGUCGCAUCAAGCUGGGUCUCAAGGGCCUGGUGACCAAGGGGAUCCUGAUUCAGACUAGGGGUACCGGUGCCUCUGGCUCUUUCAAGCUCAGCAAGAAGGCUGCUCCUGAGCUUAGUAAGGGAAAAGUCAAAAAACGUGCUUCUGCGAAGAGUAGGAAGCUGGUCUUAUCCAGAGAUUCAAAGUCUCCGAAGAAUGGCAAAACCAACAAAAGAGCUAAGAAGCCGAGGACCACGGCGGCUCAGAAGGCUGCUAGGAAUGGGCAAAAAGCUAAAAGAACCAAAGACAAGCAACAACGGAAGAGCCCAGCGAAGGCCAGGGCAGGAAAGCCCCAAACUGGGAAUCCUAAGUUGACCCAGCAGAAAACUAAUACUAGGAAAGCAACAACCAAGAAGUAACGUUUCUUCAAAAACCAGUUUCCGUAGAACCCAAAGGCUCUUUUCAGAGCCACCUAAGUGAUUUUAGGAGGGUUGUAACAUCGCUUCCAGAAGUGUCUGGAAGAAGACUACUGGUUAGCCUAAGUGUUUGAUAAACGAACCUGUGAUGUAGUGAAAUAUAUCUUAUUGGACAUACAGUACAGAUACUUUACCGUGGUUAUUGUCCAAUUCCAGAGAAUUGUCCAUCCUAACAAAACCAGGGCACAUUCCUUAAGUUCUUAAAUGCUCUGAGAAUACUGGAAGGGGCAGCCAUUCUCUUCCCUAGGAGGAUCUUCCUGAUCUAGGGAUCAAACCCAGGUAUCUUGCAUUAGCAGGCAUAUUCUUUACCAUCUGCCCAGCUAGAGAAUUACUCCUUGAGAGCUACUACGUUUAAAGUUUAGGUCUAGUUUCUGAGCGGAGAUCUGCUCCGUGCCUCAACUGUUUUACCAUGUUUUGUUUCUUUUCUCCGCCUAAUUCUCCAAUAUGUACUUUUAUGUAUCAUUCUGUAUAAGGGUUCUGAACUUCGUAUCCAUGGGCUUAACAGGGGUUAAUAUAGGGAAACCAAGGUCUCAAUUUGGGUUAGUGGGAAGUUUUACUUACUAAACAUCUUUCCACUGUGAUUUUGUGUAAAGCAAACGUUUUCGUUUUACAUUUGCAAGAAUAUUGAAAUUUUUGUCUUCGUUACUAUGAAAGCUGUCAGAUUAUUUUCUAUAUGUUAAGCACAUAUAUUAAAAUUUGGUUUUGUAA